CUCACGAUGCAUAGAAUAUUUUCCUUUCCUGAGUGGAUAUAUACCCCUGAAGUUUGAGUCAAGUAAUUACAGUGUUCCUCACUCUAACCAUAAGAAGAUAACAAUGACAGAGGAAUCUACCCCCAAAUGGGAAGGUAAAGCCAUGGCUGAGCUACCAGCCACCGAUCCACAACUUACAUGGCAGGUUCUGGAAGAUUUCUGCAACGUACACAAGUGGCUUCCCAUAGAAACAUGUUACCAUGUAGAGGGACUUUCAGGUCAACCUGGUCUCGUCCGCUACUGUGCUUCCACUGUUGAAGAAGAAGGGGUUGGUGAUGAUGCUGAGAAGACAACAACCCUGAAAUGGGCCAAAGAGAAGCUGCUUGAGAUAGAUCCUGUACAACGUUGUUUGACCUACGAAGUUGGUGAAAACAACUUGGGAUUUAUGUCCUAUGUGGCCACAAUCAAGGUGCUUCCCAUGAACCAGGAUGGAUCCAAGAUCGAGUGGAGCUUUGUCUCUGAUCCUGUUCAAGGUUGGAGCUUCCAAGAUUUGAACUCGCUUAUUGAGUCUUAUCUGGAGUUCAUGGUCAAGAAGAUUGAGCUUGCAUGUAACACAAACUAGGUAGAUUCAAAUUGUGAUCUUUUUCUGUUCCCUUCGUAAUUUCAUCUGCUUUUAACAACUUCUUUUUAUUUCCCGUUUUGUCUCAGUUUCAUCUCAUUCGAUCUAAUCAGUGCUGAUAGUUCAAAUCUGUGGGUAGAUUGG